GAAAAGUUUUAUGUGCUUGAAGUCUGUCCUUUGGAGAAAAUAAAGGCUUUUGUGAAGCGGCCCCUACCGGACAUCAAUGAUCUUAGAUCGAAACAUCAGAGUAUUUCAAGUGCAACUGACGGAGUGGAGGUUGAGGGAGACAAUCAGCACCAACACCACCUCCGUUCGAAAAUCGAAAGACUCUCCAUGCGGAGCCGACACUCUGUAGUUAUCACCCCACACAAAGUGUCAGAGCCGGCCACUGUGACCAAUAUUGAAGCAAACACUGGCCAGGACCCCCAGGAGUUCCCGCUUUGUCUCACUGUUGAGAUGCCGGAUGGGACGAAGAAAAACUAUCACCUUGUAGCCGACUCGCUUAACUGUCGAGAACGUUGGCUGGACCUCCUUCAACUGAAUUACAAAGGCGCUUCCCAAGAGUCAGCUGGCACACCGAAAGAUUCCCUCGACAAUUAUACUCCUCCAGAGGGUGUCAAAGAAGUGGUUUCUGGAAAGCAGUUUGGUCAGGUUGCAGGAACGUCAGUCCAAUUGCUUGAUCUUUUCCAACAGAACAUGCAAUUGGCAAGUAAGAACGAUCGAUAA